AUGGCGACGGGGGAGGGGGCGGACGGGACUGGCAGGAGAGGGGUCCCUUCCUUGCUCCAGGACGGCGGGACCGGGCAGGACGAGCACAUCGCGUCCGACGUCACCCAGGCAAGCCUCGACCCCUUCCCCUGUACAUCGACUCUGACGGAGGUUGAGCUGAUAGGGUGGACGCCGCUGAUCGAGCUGAGGCGGAUCGCCGGGAAGGAGGGGGUGGGUGCGCGCAUCGUCGGCAAGAUCGAGGCCUAUCAGCCCCUCUGCUCCGUCAAGGACCGCAGCGCUCUCAGGUACUGUUAG